AUGUACCACGGGCUGGAUUCGGCCAAGACCGUGGAGAACAACUGGGAAUCACUGCGUACCGUGAGGUACCCCAUGAACGGAGGAUACGACAGGUUCUCGUACCGCCUGCCGCAGGUACACGCAUUCAACGAGGACGAACUGGCCAAGUUUUUCGACUCCACCGACUACCAGAAGAAGUUCACGCUCUCCGAAAUAUGGAUGUCGGGCAAGCACAGAGUCACUUGCCUCCUCACCAUAUACAUCGGGUUCCUAGCGCCCUUCAUAUUCGUCUGGGCUGAGGGCGUAUGGAGGAACCACCGCGAGCCGAUUGAGCCCGCGAUACCGGUGGACGACUACUUCAAGCACUUCGUAUGGCACCAGGUCGGGCCGCAAAUCAGCCACCACGCCUACCAGCAGUACUGCGAGGCUAGGCGCACGCACAAGUGGCGCAACCCUCACAUCAACCCGGAGGACUACAUCCCGCCGGAGUUCAGAAACCUCCAGUCCUUCGAAGGGAUCAAACUGGCCCACUAA